ACUGUAUUAUGUUUACUGUUUACUGUUUAGUUUUAGUGUCUCAGCCUCUCAGCCUCUCAAGUUAGUGUGUUACCUCAUGCCGUGCGGUUUUGAUGUUCUUCCGUUCUUCUUUAUUACGUGUCUAGUGUUAGCGAUUAGUAAUGAUUUAUUACCUAAUUUUUAAACUGUAAUUGGUGUUAUUAUUAUUGAUAUGUUUGAGUAGGACAAUAAAUUGUGUGAAAUUAUUAUAAUUUUUAUUAUUCGUGUUUUUUUUUUUUUAUGGAAGUUUAAAGUUGUAAAAUCACAAAUGAAUACUCCGUUUGUUGAAGGAUGGAAUAUUGUUCAAACAUUGGGCGAUGGAACAUUUGGCGAAGUAAAACUUUUACUAAAUCAAAAUAAUCAUUGCUUUGUCGCCAUGAAAACUAUUGAUUUGCAAAACUAUUCUGAUGCAUUGGCUACAGUAAAAAAAGAAGCAGCAAUACAUAGCCGAUUGAACCAUUCAAGUAUAAUAAAAUAUUAUGGACAGCGUCAUGCUAAAGAUACAUAUUAUAUAUUCUUAGAAUAUGCAUCUGGAGGUGAACUAUUUGAUCGAAUUGAACCUGAUGUUGGAAUGCCGCUAUCUAAUGCUAGAAAGUUCUUCAAAGAGUUGAUUGCUGGAGUUGAAUAUUUACACAAAAAUGGUAUAGCUCAUAGAGAUUUGAAACCAGAAAAUUUAUUAUUGGAUGAAUAUGGAAAUCUAAAAAUAAGUGAUUUUGGAUUAGCCACUUUGUUUUUAUGUGGUGGAAAACGGCGUAAACUGGAUAAGUAUUGUGGAACUCGUCCUUAUUUAGCUCCAGAAGUUCUUUCACUUUUACCUUAUCAAGCAGAACCUUCUGACAUUUGGUCAUGUGGUAUUAUACUGGUAUCAAUGCUUGCUGGAGAGUUACCUUGGGAUGUGCCAUCUGAUAAUGAUGAAGAUUAUAAAUUGUGGAAAACUACGGACUAUGCUAAUCAUUCACCAUGGAAUAAAUUAGAUACUUUAGCUUUGUCUCUUGUGAGAAAAAUAUUAACACCAACACCAUCCCAAAGAUAUGAUAUAUUAAAAAUUCAGUCACAUCAUUGGUUCAAAAAAUCAGAAACUGGUGCCAAUAAAAAAGUUGGGAUUUCUGUUCGGUCCAAUAAAGAUAUGGAUGAUGGACGUCAAUGUUAUUCUCAACCAGCUUCAGCAGCUAUUUCAUUUGAUACGUCCAUGUCGCGCAGUGAAUCUGAAAUACAUUCAUUUUCCCAGCCAACACAGGUGGAUGAUCUGCUGUUGUCCUCACAACUUCUGACAUCACAGUCCAUCUCCACACCAAACAACUCUAUGCAAAACCUUGUCAGAAGAAUGACAAGAUUUCUAGUUGAUUUACCACCUGAUGCAGCAUUAACCAAUUUAGUAUUGUUCCUGGAUGAUUUGGGAUAUAUAUCAAAAAUCAACACACCUAGUUUGGUUACAAUUACUACUACAGAUCAGCGCUUAGUGUUUAAAUCAACUGUUAUUCCAAUGAAUCAUCAAACUCUGAUUGACUUCAGACUUUCAAGAGGCUGUGGUUUAGAGUUUAAGCGAAAUUUUGUUUCCAUUAAAAAUGCAAUGUCUGCAUUAAUUAAAGUUGCGUGGCCUAUUGCUACUGAAACUGUACCUUAAAUUAUUAGUAGUAUUAUGAAUACAUAUAAGGCUGACUAAUUAUAGAUUGGUUAAAAAUAAUUUUGUUA